AUGCUUCGGGGUAAAACGCUUCAUCUCGCGCAGCUGCUUCUCACAGUAGCACCUGCAUUCAUCAGCUACGGAUAUAAUCAAGCUGGAGUAGCACCGCUUGCUAGCUUGCAGUCAUGGGUCUCCCAUUUCCCAGAGAUCGACACACUCAACACCAAGGGUGCAAUCAAGAAAACAAACUCGACAAGGAAGGGUGCAGUCAUUGCAUCUCUUCAACUGGGGGCCCUCGUGGGAGCACUCUCGUGCGUCUACUUUGGUGAUCGCCUUGGCCGACGGAAGACCAUAUUUAUGGCUGCUAUCAUCACUAUCAUUGGGGAACUGCUACAGACAUCUUCCUACGAUAUAAUUCAGUUUACCCUUGGCCGAGUCAUCCUUGGUAUCGGCAUAGGGCAACUCAGCGCUACUGUUCCGGUGUGGCAAGCCGAAUGUAGCUCUGCAAAGCAUCGUGGACAACACGUCGUGGUUGAUGGAAUCUGCAUGGUGCUUGGUUUCGUGAUCACCAAUUGGGUGGAUUACGGCUUCAGCAAGACGGCUGGUGAAACGCAGUGGCGUGUUCCAUUAGCACUGUCUUUUCUCUUCCCCCUGACUAUUCUCGGGUCUGUAUUUCUGCUACCCGAAUCACCAAGAUGGCUGGUCUUUGUAUCUAGGACGGACGAAGCAGCACAAAGUCUAGCAGCUUACCGAGGCCUCUCUGCAGAUGAUGAAGCAGUGCAGACGGAGAUUGCCACUAUAGAGUCAUCGCUGGAACUCACGGCGCAGUCAAAAAGCCUCACAUUGCGAGAGCUACUUCUAGGGAGUGAUGAGGAACGUCUCCUAUACCGAUUCGCUCUCUGCCUCGUCAUUCAAUUUUUCCAGCAGAUGUGUGGCGGCAACUUGAUCUCUACUUAUAUCUCGACAAUCUUCGAGGAGAACCUGCAUCUAGGCGCAGAAUUGUCUCGGAUUCUCGGCGCCAGUGCACUGACAUGGAAACUCGUCUGCAACUUCAUUCCCUUCUUCGCAAUUGACCGCCUCGGCCGGCGCAAGGUGUUCAUCGUCAGCGGUGCCGGCAUGUCUCUCUGUAUGAUAGUGUUGGCCAUCACGACAAGUUUUGAUAAUGCCUCCAAGGGACUAUCAAUCGUCUCCGUAGCCUUCAUCUGGCUCUUCAACAUGUUCUACCCAAUUGGCUUCUCCGGCGCAAACUUUCUUUACUGCACCGAAGUUGCUCCAAUGCGUUUGCGAGUUGCUAUGUCGUCCGCGUCGACGGCAAAUAAGUGGCUUUGGAACUUUAUCGUCGUGAUGAUUACCCCUGUUGCGCUCGACACGAUUGGAUGGAAAUAUUAUAUCAUCUACGCCGUUAUCUCGGCUUGUAUUCCUGUCACGGUAUAUCUAUUCUACCCGGAAACAAUGGGUCGCAACCUCGAGGCCUUGAAUCACGUUUUCCGCGAUGCCCCCUCCCCUUGGCAUAUUGUGUCGAUGGCGAGGAAGCUUCCACAGGGAGAUGUGCCAGGCGUGCAUAUUCAGAGGCCGGAGGAAAAGGUGAUAGUCGAGCUGAAAGAAAACGCUUAG